CCUUCUGCCUAUCUGCAGCAUUGUUUAACUCCAGGCCUGGGUGUUCCUCUCUGUGUCCUUUGGCCACCGGCGAUCUUAUCAGAGAAUCUAUUUAGUUCUAUAUUUCGUGUGAAAAUUCCAUAUCCCGACACUGUUACUCCUGUCCGUCUACCCCGCUGCCAGACCGCAAUCUUCCCCUUACUUCGCCAUAAGUGACGAGUGCCGUACACGUUUGCAACCAUGAAGAUCUUCUAUAUCGGAGUUCUGCGAAAUGACAGCAAGCCAGCCAUCGAGCUCUGCGGUGAAAGAGACCUGAGCAGUUUCUCACGCUUCACGCGAGACAGCUACAAUGAAUUCAUGAUGCUCUUCUGCAAAACAGUUGCCGAACGCACGAACCCAGGCCAACGCCAGGACAUCGAAGAGAAAUCCUAUACUUUCCACGCCUAUGGGCGGACCGAAGGCGUAGCAGGCCUCAUGGUCACAGACGGCGACUACCCGGGCCUCGUGGCGCACCAGAUCCUCUCCAAAGUUGUCGAUGAAUUCCUAACCAAAUACCCCCGCACUGCCUUCUCAGCUAACAAUAUCCGUGAAAACUCUUGCCCACUACCGCAGCUGAAGGAGUAUAUUUCCAAAUACCAGGAUCCGAGUCAGGCGGAUAGCAUUAUGAAGAUCCAAAGGGAGUUGGAUGAGACGAAGAUCGUGCUGCACAAGACAAUAGAGAGUUUUCUGGAGCGUGGAGUGAAGAUUGAUACCCUGGUGGAGCGGAGUGAUGGUUUGAGUGCGCAGAGCAAGCUGUUCUAUACGCAGGCCAAAAAGCAGAAUUCUUGCUGCAGCAUCAUGUAACUUCUCUUCUGUUUUUCACUUUUUGAAUGCUUUUCUAUCCGGAUUGAAGGCCUGGUGUCCUUACUCCCAUUCCGUUUUCUCAUGAGUUUGCAGCUUGGAAUUUAUUUAUAAUUGCCAUUAUUUUUAAUUUUUAUAGUAAGGAGAACUAUCCAUUCGAGGACG